GUCCGAUGUCUGAAGGGUCACGAUAGCGAAGUGUUUAUUUGUGCAUGGAAUCCAAAAAAUGAUCUCAUUGCUUCCGGAUCCGGUGAUAGUACGGCACGUAUCUGGAAUAUGAACGGUUCAGAAAUAGCAACCACAUCGGCGCAAAUGCUUUAUGAAAAUUCGAUGGUACUCAAACACUGCAUGCAAAAAGAUGACCGAAAUCCGCCAACCAAUAAGGAUGUUACAUCGUUGGAUUGGAAUUGCACUGGUGAUUUAUUGGCAACAGGAUGUUACGAUGGUUAUGCACGAGUCUGGGCUACUGAUGGAAGGUUACGGUAUACGUUGGGAGCACACAAAGGUCCCAUUUUUGCCUUGAAAUGGAAUCAAAGAGGCGAUAAAAUUUUAAGUGCUGGAGUUGAUAAGGUUUGCUUUUUCUAUACACUACUGCACUGUGAUAUCUUCAUGAGAGAGGUGCUCUGCUACAGUGUAGAAUAA